CGCCCCGAGUCUACGGAGUGCGGAGUUGUAUACGAAUCAUGGCGACACCCGACCCCGUAGACCCGGCUACCCUAGAGAUUAAGACCCGUAGCAUAGAACAGACACUACUCCCUCUAGUAAAACAGAUAUCCACCCUAGUCUCCCACCGGGAAAGACCGCUAUGUUCGGACCGGAGUCUCAGAGCCGUCGCCAGGGUCGGGCAGGCGGUAAAUUUGGCCGUCGAAAGGUUCGUCACCGUCGGGGAAACCAUCGCCGACGAUAACCCCGAGAUCAAACAGGACAUGUACGAGGCCUGCAAGGAAGCUAGAGCUGCUGGCUCAGCCAUUGAAAAAUUGUGCGAAUGCGCGAUGGAGGACAGCUUGGCGGACAGAGGGUCAGUUGUGAGAGCGGCACGAUGCCUUUUGGGAUCGGUAACCCGGGUGCUGCUCCUGGCCGACAUAGUUGUAGUCAAGCAGCUUCUCCUGGCCAAGGACAAAGUCGCACGAAGUCUCGGCCGCCUCGAGAGCGUCUCGAACUUUACGGAGUUCGUGAAAGCGUUCAGUCAGUUUGGCGCCGAGAUGGUGGAGCUGGCCCACCUGACGGGUGAUCGACAGAAUGACCUCAAGGACGAAAGGCGGAGAGCUCAAAUGGCCGCCGCUCGUCAAGUCCUUGAAAGGAGCACCAUGAUGCUUCUCACUUCCAGCAAAACCUGCCUCAGGCACCCGGAAUGCCCGUCGGCCAAGGAAAAUAGGGACACAGUGUUCUGCCAAAUGAGGAGAGCCAUGGACCUGAUACACUACGUGGUCAAGGAUGGGGUUCUGGACUGCAGCGAGUCUCAGCAAUCCUAUACCAACUCUCAGAAUCCCCAGCAAGAAGACUGGGACAGUAGCACCGUAUGCUCAGCACUGAAACACUUCGAGCGUCUGGUGGAAACGACGAGAAUGACUUUGCUGGGUCCAGGGUGUCGAGAGACCUUGACGAGGGCGCUGGACACCGUGGUCGAGAGAACCCAGGACUUCACGGACAGUGCUUAUACCAGUCACGAGCACCGAGAGAACAUUCUCCUUCUGUGCGACAGGGCGAAGCUCGAGCUGAACCAACUCUUGAGGAUUGGAAACAGCAUGGAGAACUUUGAAGGCGGUGGAGGCUCACCGAGCUCGGAAAUGGAACAGGCCGUUCUCGGGGUCCUGCGAGCCACCAGAGAUCUCCGCCAGCAACUCGGUACUACCACCAUGGAGCAGGCUGGCGACCUUGGACAGGUCACCAAGGCGGGUCAGGAGCUUGUCUCCACCAUCCGAAAUCUCGCCCUGGCGAACGACAUAGACAGGCUUCAAGAGAGUAGCGAUCGGUUUCACGAGUACAUUGAACACAUUCUCGAGGUUUGCAAGCUUUUGAGACACGUGGCACUCUCCGAGUCGCUCCAAGUCUCGGCCAAGUUCACGGAAAUCAACUUGAGAAUAUACGGACCGCAGGUAGUGACGGCUGCUCACACCUUGGCGAGGCAUCCGACGAGUAAAAUCGCAAAAGAGAACCUCGAAGUGUUCGCCGACAUGUGGCAGUGGCUCAUGUCCGACGUAACCGCGGUCGCAAAAGACGUCCUCGAGCUGAACCAGAAUCGACCCGAGAAGCAGGUUUACAUGUCGCUUCCGCGACCAGGGAAACACGGAACGACGAGUAAACCGUUGAAGCCUGUGCGACUGGACAGCGAGGAGCAAGCCAAGAUAGCGAAGGCUGGUCUCGAGAUGAAACUGAUAACGUCGGAGAUGGAUGCAGAAACUGAGAAGUGGCAGGAAAGCGGGUCGGCUCUCGAGGAGAACAACGACAUCGUAAAAAGAGCCAAGAACAUGUCGUCGAUGGCUUUCUCGAUGUACCAAUUCACCAGAGGAGAGGGCGCCCUGAAGACGACCCAGGACCUCUUCACGCAAGCUGAGUAUUUCGCCGAGGAAGCAAACAGAUUGUACAAAGUUGUGAGACAAUUCAGCUACCAGGUGCCGGGCGGACCUCACAAGAAGGAGCUUCUGGAGAACUUGGACCGAGUGCCGACCUACGUCCAGCAGCUUCAGUUCACUGUGAAGAAUCCCACCGUUGGAAAAGCCGCGACAUUCACCAAGGUCGACAACGUUAUACAAGAGACUAAAAACCUGAUGAACGUUAUAUCGAAAGUGGUCACAACCUGCUUCGUCUGCGCCACAAAGCACAAGGUCAGCAUGCCGGAGUUGGUGGACGCCGGCCCGGUGCCGCUUCCGGUUUCGGCUGGGGUCCUAGGUCCCGGCCCGGUCGAGGAGGAGUGCCUGUAUCCGGUCAGCCCGAAGCUGCUGCCCUCUCGGAGUCCGUACGUCCAGCCUCGCCCCCUGACCUCCUACCAGCUCCGUAACAUCCUGAAGCCUUCCCUGCCCCCGCAGCAGCCGCUUCUCCCCCACUGCUCGGUUCACGGGACUCUGCUGCAGUCCCUCCUCGGGAAACGUCCCCAGGGGUUGGAUUCCACCCACGGAAUGCGGCCCGUCUCCAUCCCGAUCCCCCUCGUCACCCCCGGCACCCUCCCGCCGAAUCCCCAAGGACUUCGAGCAUCUUACGACCUGCAAAACCUGCAAAAUCUGCAGCAGCAGCUGCACCAAAUGCACCUGCAACCGAGAUAACACUUAAUCGUGACGCUGCUCGGCCACUUUCGACUGAAAACACAUUUCUCACACGCGAAAAUCACACCUUUCUCCACCACCCACAUCGGGAACAUGAUCAGCUCUAUCGCAAAUUGUUUUGCACAGGUUUGAUUUUAUUUCCUUUCAGUUUGUUUCUUUUUACUCCGCAUAAAAGCUCCCUUUCCACUUUUCUCUUUUACCUCUUCUUCUGCUAUUUUUUCUUUCUUUUUUUUCCCGUCAUUCGGUGAAUUAUUUUUCACACUUUUCUGUGAGUUUUUAUCCCUCGAUCUUCACGAUCGUUCUUUAAUGUAACUACUUAUACCCUACCCACGUUUGUCUUUAGCCUAACAUAUGUUUUUAACUCGUUUAUUGCCGAUCCUCGUCGUAUCAUAUAACGUAGGGUUACUUAUUCCGACAGUCAUUUUUAUAACGAGUAACUUAUAUAUGAUACACGAAAAUUUGGAUUUUUUUCUUCAAGCAGCUGCGCAUGCAUGCAUCUGCGUAGAAUAUAACCAUAAAUUUGAAAUUUUAUUUUUCGAAACAAACGAAUUACGAGUAUACUGUGUAAAUUUUUGAUUAAUGCGUAGCGUUCUUGAUGAUUCUAAUAUAAGUAUAUCAUAGGUAAUCCGCAGUAUCGCUGAUGUUUUUCCUAAUCUCUUAGUGAUCAUUUUUUUCAGGAUUUUCAGAUGCAAGUUGUGUUGCACACCUUAUAUACCUAUGUAGUUGAUAAGUGGAAAGAAAAACGAGGAUGGAUUUAAUGUCCAAGGUGUAAAGUGUUAUAGGGUUGAUGCGAAUAUAGAAAUGUAUGCAACGAGUGUGAGUACACGUAAACCUAUCUAGCUCAAACAUGAAAUCCGAUAAGAACGGUUUGAUACGUCGGUAACGCGCGCAGUGGUACUCUGUAAUAUCCAACCCGCUUGAUUUUACCGGCAUAUCAGCAGGUUCUCAUCGGAUUUCGCUAACCGAUUCAGGGGCAGGCGUAUUCGUCUUAAACAAUCCGAUGAGAACCUUUUGAUGCGUCGGUAAGGAACGCAGUGCAGGCACUCUGUAAUAUCCAACCCGCUCGAUAUGUCAACUCGCGAUCUUACCGGCAUAUCAGCCGAUUCUCAUCGCACUUCCUGUUUGAGCCUAAUGUGCGUGCCCCUGAAUCGAUCAAAAUCCAACAAGUUAAAAAGUGCGGUACUCGGAUAUCCAUCCUCGACUUUCGCGGACAAUUGAAACGUAGAACGCUGCGACGGUGUUAAAUACCGGAUAACGAAACCUCGCUCUGUUUCCAGUACAACCUGGAUUUCCGAGGUCUGUCGGCGCGUGGUAGCGGCGGCUCGCCGUACAGGGGCGGAGAUGGCGCG